AUGGGUUUAGGCGUGCUGGAGGCCAACACCACUGCGCAUGUUCCUGGAACCGUUCUCCUGGACCAGCUGGCUGCUCACUCUGAGGAUCAGACUGGGCGCUUGAAGCAUGGAACCGGGAAGAAUUCGAACAUCGUUCUGUCACCACAGCCAUCCGAAGACCCCAAUGACCCGCUGAAUUGGUCAUCCGUCAAGAAACAUAUCGUGCUGUCCGUCAUUUUCUUCGGGGUCAUCAUUGUCGGUGUGAUACCGGGGCCCCUUUUGAACGCUGGCAUCGUUCAAAUUUCUGUCGAUCUCAAUCGAUCACCCACUGAUGUCGCUAAACUCUCUGGCUAUUGUAUUCUUGCCACUGGCGCCAUGGGUCCAUUUGCAUCCGCCUUGGGUCGAAAGUAUGGCAAACGACCCAUGUACGUCUUUUCCUCGCUCAUUGGAACAAUCGGCGUCAUCGUGUCUGAGGCAGCAACUGGCUACAAGGUACUGUUGGCUGGCCGUGUCCUUCAAGGCAUUGGUAUUGCCGCGUACGAAUCCCUGGCCGUAUCGUCAAUCGGGGACAUCUUCUUUGUGCAUGAGAGAGGCCCGAGAGUCGCCGUUGUGAUCUUCCUUCUGGCAGCCAUCUCUAACGGGAUUUCGAUUAUUGCCGGAGUCAUUACUGAGAAUCUUGGCUGGAAAUACAACUUUCAUAUCUACAUUCCAUUUGCGGCUCUCCAGUUAAUCGCAGUCAUCCUUUACUGUCCGGAGACGAUGUACCGGCGCAAAGCCAUCUACGAGACCGACACGGCCGGAUCAGAUGAAAAUCUCGAGAAACUCGCCAAAAUCGAGUCCGCGGCUGCACAUCAUGUCGAACGACACGGUGACAGAGCUGGUGCAGAUCUUGAGAAGACGAUGACUUCAACCUCACACGCAUCUGUCGAUUCGAUCCCUGCCAAAAAGACGUGGUUCCAAGAGCUCUCCAUCUACAAUGGGACCUUCGUAGAUGACCCAGUGUUUAAAAUGGCAAUCGCCUCGGUCGCAAUCCUUCUCAACGUUGGGGCUACUUACCAAGUCUUCAUGACCGGCAUCAUUAUUGCUUGGUACGUUGCGGUGGCCAUCUUGUCCGGUGUCAUCUUUGCCUCGCCGCCCUAUCUUUUGUCCUCAGCUGCUGUGGGAUAUAUGUCGGUGGGCCCUUUCAUCGGCGGUCUUAUCGGCGCAAUCUUCUCGCUCGUCAUCUCGGAGCCGUUAGUCAAAUCGAUGACAAGGCGCAACAAGGGCGUCUACGAGCCCGAAUUUGCCCUCCUGCCCAUCAGUCUGGGAGGUAUCUGCUCUGUUGCAGGUCUCAUUGGCUGGGGCUAUGCUGUCAGCGAGUUCAAGAGCAUCUACCUCGUCUGCUUCAUUUGGGCAGUCAUCCUUUUUGGCAUGACCAUCAUCGCCAGCUUUGCGACGCAGUGGGCUCUUGAUGCUUACAGACAGAACAGCACUGAGUUGUUUAUCAUGAACAUGGUCUUCAAGAACUUCUUCUUCUACGGUCUGACCAACUACGUUAUCGAUUGGUAUGCCACAUCAGGCGCCAUCGACAUGGCAGGCACGAUGGCUGGAAUCACGGGAUUCUUGUGUCUCCUUGCUAUACCCAUGUAUGUGUAUGGCAAGAAGUACCGAUAUUUCUGGCACAAGCACAACGCGUUGAAGUGGCUACACCUGGAGACGGAUCACGCUGGAGCUGAAGGUUGA